AGUAAUGGAAGAGCAUAUACACCCUGAAGUUGUAGCUGGUUUGUCGCCGCCCGUGCGCGAGCACAUCCGGGCGGCCUUUAAAGAGAUGGCGGAGGAGCACCAGGCGCGCAUGGAGCAUCUUCUGCUGGAGAGCGCCAGGGAGAAGGAGAGGGAGAAGGCCACGCUGCUGGCUGCUUUUGAGGCCGCCAGGCAGGAGGAGCUCAGUCUGACCGCCCAGCUGCUCCAGGAGGUCCGCCAGCAGCUGGACAAGGUCCUCGCCAUCCAGGAGAGACGCGCCGCCAUGGGGCAGGCCUCCAUGUCCGCCAUGGGCUGCCAGCUGCAGCAGGUGCAGGCACAGCAGGAGAAGGAGAGGUGCCAGGCCCAGGAGAGGGAGAAGGAGUUUCAGCAGGAGAAGGAGAGGGCACAGCAGAGAGAGAGAGAGUAUGUGAUGGAGAAGGAGAGGGCACAGCAGAGGGAGAGAGAGUAUGUGAUGGAGAAGGAGAGGGCACAGCAGAGGGAGAGAGAGUAUGUGAUGGAGAAGGAGAGGGCACAGCAGAGAGAGAGAGAGUAUGGGAUGGAGAAGGAGAGGGCACAGCAGAGAGAGAGAGAGUAUGUGCUGGAGAAGGAGGAGGCCCAGCGGAGGGUACAAGAGCUUCUUCAGGAGAGGGCACAGGAGACGAAGAGGGCUCAGGAGAGGGAGAAGGAGAUGGUCCUGAUGCUGGAGACAUUUGCAGUGAGCCAGAGGCUGAUGAUGGAUGAUCUGCAGGCUACGGCAGGGAAAUGGAUGAAGACAAAUGCUGCUGGGCAUAACAACACUCCUGCAGUUUUCUUGAUGUGGGGACUGCGCGAGGAGAGCAGAAUGGUGGCGGAUUGUAUGCCCGUCAUCCAUGACAAACUGGAGACUUUCCUGAACAAGGAAGCGAUUGAGAAACAGCUAAGAGAGCACCUCCAAAAUGAGGCACAGCUCUAUGCCGAGUUGGAGAGGAGGAGGAAUUACCUGGAGAUGAAAAUGACAGAGAAAAAACAGAGGCUCCAAGCAGUCCAGGAGAGAAAACAGCAGAAGCUGCAGCUGAAGCUAUUGAAGGAGGCAGGGAGAAAGAUGCGCGCCGCAGCAAAGAAGCUGAAGAGGAGAGAGGAGAAGAAGAGAAAGGAGGCCGAGAAGGUGGACAAAAAGAAGGCCAAAGAGGAGCAGAAGGAGACAGAGAGGCAGGAGAGGAGGGAGAGGCGCGAGAGAGGAGGAGGCGCAGUCCGCAGCCUCUUCAGCUGUUUCAGGCCGGCUGCGGCUGACUGA